CACUUCCGGCCACCGCCGUGAACGGUCGAGGAAUGUUUCGCUCCUCUGGGGCGGUGUCAGCGGCCAUGUUUAGCCGCGGUAACAGGAAUGCUGCCAGUGCCAACCAGGAUUACGAAAUCAUUUUGCCUCCUCUUCCAACUGGUCGUAUUGUUUUAAACACUGUAUUUUUUCAUGCGGAUGUUCGAGGAAGACCCUACCGAGUAGAAGACAUCCGAGAUGCUCUUGGGCGUUUGGCAAUGCUCCCUGACGUUGAAGCGUUAGGGGCAUACCAAAUGAACCACGUGUGGGCGGUCACGCUCAAGAAUACGGAGGCAAAGAAGAGACUGCUUUCUGCAACCGACGUUUCCGUGAAGGACCGCCGUUGCGUCGUUGUGGACCCGAACAACCAGGACGUUCGACUAAAGCUCCAUUGGGUGCUUCAUUACGUAGACGACGAAGACAUACGGACUGCGCUUGCACCCUACGGUAAGGUCACCGAAGUGGCAAGAGAGCGAUGGCGAACGGAAGGUUUAUCAGACAAAGGCUCUACAACGCGCAUUAUCAGCCUUCAACUCAAGGCAGGGUAUACCAAGGAAGACAUUCCACAUCAACUACGAGUAGCAGGAGACCUGACGUUGGUAGUAGUGGCCGGAAGAGCUCCACUCUGCCUACGGUGUAAAGGAACCGGUCACAUACGACGCGAAUGUCAUGUCCCUCGGUGCGCACUGUGCAAACGCUUUGGCCACGCUGAGGAAGACUGCGUAAGGACUUACGCGAAGGUCACAGGGCGCUCUGCGUGGGACGAAAAUGCGGAGCUACAAAUGGAUGAAUUGGAAGCUGAGGAAGUUGCCACCAGCAAGACCGGAGAACCCGAGUCGGAGGAAACGCCCCCUUCGCUCCAGUCGCCCAAUGCAGACGAGAAACAGGAUAACGACAAGCAGGUUGUACAACCUGUACCGUCUCCUGUGACGACAACCAGUGCUUCCAGCAGCUCAGUGGAAAAAAAUAUGAGCCAGCCGACCCGUUUGGAAAAGUCCGAAGACGUUGAUAUGACGGAUACGAAGAUCGGCGCAGGGAAAAGAACACGUGAGGAAACAGUAGCAGGGAAUGGAGCCUCAAACGAGCCCAGUGCCGGCGAGCCACCCACUAAAGCGUCCCAAGGGCGCCGCCCGAGCUUCAAGCCGAAACCCAACGUACCGCCGGACCGUCACAUUCCAGGGGGCUCGUAG